UUCUUGGAAAACCAGAAAAGGAGAGGAAAAAACAUAGAUAUGGCGAACAAGGGACCCAAUCCUCUUUCUCUGCACCUGGCGGAACUAACUGCCUGCCAGUUUAUCGACAUCUGGAAUAAAUUCGACGCUGAUGGGAAUGGCUGCAUCGAGGGGAAAGAACUGGAACAUUUCAUCCGUGAGCUUGAGAUUGCACGGAAAAGUGUGGAUCCUUCAAAUGCUUCAUUCAGAGACAGGAUGAAAGAGUUUAUGCUGAAAUUUGACGAGAACGGUGAUGGGAAGAUUGAGAUGUCUGAGCUGGCUCAGAUCCUGCCAACAGAGGAGAACUUUUUAUUAUGCUUUAGACAGUUUGUGGGAUCCAGUGCUGAGUUUAUGGCGGCAUGGAGAAAAUACGAUACGGACCGAAGUGGAUACAUUGAAUCUAAUGAACUGAAGGGCUUCCUCUCAGAUCUGUGGAAGAAAGCAAACAGACAUUAUGAUGACAAGAAACUGAACGAGUAUACACAGACCAUACUUAAAAUGUUUGACCUGAAUGGUGAUGGGAAGCUUGGAUUGUCCGAGAUGGCUAGACUUCUUCCUGUGCAGGAGAAUUUUCUGAUCAAGUUUCAGAACAUCAAACUAUCUGCUGAUGAAUUUGAAGGCAUCUUUGCCGAUUAUGACAAGGAUGGAAAUGGUUAUAUUGAUGAACAUGAGUUGGAUGCACUCCUGAGAGACCUCUACCUAAAACACAACAUGGUUGUUGACUCUCAAAGCCUGGCUAGCUCAAAGAAGAGCAUCAUGGCGUUGUCUGAUGGAGGGAAGCUCUUCCGUACAGAGUUGGAGAUUGUGCUAUGCAAGGAGCCUUCAUUCUGAACUCUGAGCUCUUCCUGUAACUUUCACUCCCUCCUCUGUACCUUCACCCUACCCAUUCUAGCCAAAGCAGUUGCAUGUGGUGGCUCUAGGUUACUCAGCAUUACACAACGUACUCCUCUCUGUGGCAUGCCUUUCCCAGAGAUAUGUCUUCUCAAUGAUGUGUGCAACUCUUUCUUGUCUUUUUUCAUGUUAAAAUAUAAUUCUUACAUUGUGGUAUAAUAAUGGAUAUAUGGUCUUUGGUCUAAUUCUCCUGCUUAUACCAAAUAUUCAGAUUACGUUAU